AUGUCGGCUGAAGAAGAUCUCAUCGAUUACUCCGAUGAGGAACUCGCACCCAACGAUGCUGCGCCGGCGGCUGAUGCAAAUGGAGGAGCAAAGAAGGGCGAUCUUACGGCUUCAGGCGGCAACCCGGACAAGAAGGGCAGUUAUGUUGGUAUUCACUCGACCGGUUUCCGCGAUUUCCUCUUGAAGCCGGAGCUUCUACGUGCCAUUACCGAUUGCGGUUUCGAACAUCCGUCGGAGGUCCAGCAAAUGGCCAUUCCUCAAGCUAUCCUCGGUACCGAUGUCCUUUGCCAGGCUAAAUCUGGUCUCGGUAAGACCGCAGUCUUCGUCCUCACCACCCUUCAACAAGUGGAGCCGGUCGCUGGCGAAACCUCUGUCCUUGUCAUGUGUCACACCCGUGAACUUGCGUAUCAAAUCAAAAAUGAAUACGCUCGAUUCAGCAAAUAUAUGCCAGAUGUAAAGACCUCUGUCUUCUACGGUGGAACCCCCAUUGCAAAGGAUGCCGAGGUUCUCAAGAACAAGGAUACCCACCCACAUAUCAUCGUCGCCACACCCGGCCGUAUGAACCAGCUCGUACGAGACAAGCACUUGCGCCUUGGUAGUGUCAAGGUUUUCGUCCUUGAUGAGUGCGACAAGAUGUUAGAUCAGAUCGAUAUGCGUCGUGAUGUCCAGGAAAUCUUCAGGGCCACCCCUACCCAGAAGCAGGUGAUGAUGUUCAGCGCCACUCUUUCAAUGGAGGUUCGGCCUAUCUGCAAGAAGUUCAUGCAAAAUCCUCUUGAAAUCUACGUUGAUGAUGAUGCAAAGCUUACCCUACACGGUCUUCAACAAUACUACAUCAAGCUUGAUGAAAAGGAGAAGAACAGGAAGUUGAAUGAGCUGCUCGAUGAGCUUCAGUUCAACCAAGCUAUCAUCUUCGUUAAGAGCACUCUCCGAGCAACCGAACUUGACAAGCUCUUGAAGGACUGCAACUUCCCGUCUGUGGCGGUCCACUCCGGUGUCAGCCAGGACGAGCGUAUCAAGCGCUACAAGGCCUUCAAGGACUUCCAAGAGCGCAUCUGCGUCGCCACCGACGUCUUCGGCCGUGGUAUCGAUAUCGAGCGUAUCAACUUGGCAAUCAACUACGAUCUACCCGGUGACGCCGAUUCCUACCUCCAUCGUGUUGGUCGUGCCGGCCGUUUCGGAACCAAAGGUCUCUCGAUCUCGUUCGUCAGCAGUGAGGCUGAUCAGGAGGUGUUGAAGUCGAUUGAGAAGAGAUUCGAGGUUGCACUUCCGGAAUUCCCGGCAGAAGGCGUCGACGCAAGUUCCUACAUGGCAGCAUAAAUCCCCACUUGCUCACUUCCUCACCUCCUUCUCGGGACUGGGGAUGCAGAAUCGGCAUUUCCGAUUUCCUUGCAAUCAAAUCCGUGGGCUGGUUGCGUGUUUGAGUUAUUGGUCUCCUCGUCUCCUUUUUGCUUGCUUUGAUGGAUGAGGGAUGGGUGGUGGCAAGCUCCUUUUCUUUGUAUGCAAAAAUGGGAGAUGGAUGAUCAGCAAUCCGGGGAGCGAGACGGUGGGGGGAGAAGGAGAAUUAGAAAAGUUAUGAGACCGCAAUCAAUGGAACGCCUCUUUUGUGAACGC